UGUUGAUGGCACAAUUGUCAAGACACAUCUGCCAGCUGUCAUCCUUCGUUGGUGUCAACAAUGUUGGCAUGACACAUGGGCUGAAGCUAUCACAAUGAAACCCUUGGUUAGUAAUUCCUCCAUGAAGCUUUGCAUGCUCUGUCGGGUUCAUUCAGUUUGCGGGAAGCUUUGGUAAUGGUGCUCUAGGUACCAAAUCAAUCGUAUGUUGAAUGUUGGGUAUGUGCGGAAGCUCACUUUGUAGUUCAUUAGGGACUAAAUCCUAAAAUAGGGAUAAAGCAUACAUAUUCCUUGUUCUCGACUUUUCUCCAUAAAUCGGGCCAUUUUCAACAUUGUCGAAGCCAACUUGGCCUCUCUGGCCCUGUCAUCCUUCACAGGGUUGAGAGUAAUGGGCUUUCCUUUGUACAUAAAGUUGUAUGUGUUCUUGCAGCCUUUGUAAGUUGCAUCCCUCUCGUAUAUCAUCGAUGCUUGAGUAAUAUAUGUGUGACCUUUAUUGGAAUAAUGUCACACUAAAGCGAUUCUUCAUAACAACCCAGGAAGAAUUUCACUAAGCACAUCCUGGUCACGGGGAUGAAUGACACUACGCACAUCCUGGUCACAGGGAUGAAUGUGUCAUUCAUCCACGCAAUCUUAUAGGGCUUGGGAUGCUUGUGAGGUUGUAGCUUCAAUUUGUCCACCAUGCUUUGUGAGGCCAUAUUCAUACUACUGCCUCCAUCAACCUUUCCACUACAUGAUUCUCGUGAAUGGAAGGUAUUGGUUCUCAACCAGUCUUAUUGGGCUUCCUCUUUUGGUGCUAUCAAAAUCCUCCUCUAUUUCCUAACAUAGAAUCUCUAAAAUAAGAAAGCACUUGAGCGAGAAAUAUCUAAGUAAUAACACAGAGAUAUGAAAGAAGAACAAAUUUCUAGUACAGAGAUAUGAAAGAAAAGGAAACUAGAUAUAGGCUAGAAAAGGAAAGUGGGCCUUUUCUUGUGCACACGUGUGGAGCGUGUAAAUGUGGGAUGUUGGGUGAUUGGAUCAAAAUGAGAGGAGAACAUACUCUUGGCUACUUAUCUACAUAGAUACCAUAAUCCCAUUGCAUGUUAAAUAGAUCUCCAAUAACUUUGUUAGAGGAUUGGCUAACAUUUCUCUCUUUCUAUGGUAGCUGCCAGCUAGUCUCUUCAUGCCUGGUGGCAUCUUUCAUAUGGUGAUACUUACCUCAAUAUGCUUUCAUCCAUCAUAUUAUAGGUGGUCUUUCACAGCUUUCCAAAGAGCAUAAACUUCUAUCCUAGUGAGCAUCCUAUUAAAACCCUUCUCACAUUGGUGAAUAAAACAGAAUACAAAUGCUUACCUAGUUGGAGACCCAUGGAUUUUUGGACAGAUGUUACUGCAAUUACAAUGGCUAAAUUUGAGACAAAAGCAGUGGAAAUGCAUUCUUUCAUCCAUCCUCUCCAUCCUUUAAAGAGGAAAGCUGUGCUCGAGAUAAAGAAUGAACUCCCACUCUAUGUCAUAAGCCUUUUUUGUCAAUCUUGCAUAGGAUGCUUCACUCAACACUUGACUACACAGAAUGUAUGCAUUCGCUGACAUGCACUUAAGCAGCAUUCUAACGCCUUCGCUACAAUCAGGGGAAGUGUUCCAGCAAGAUUAAAAGUAAAAGCUGAGAUAAUGAAAGAAAGAAAAAAACUUCCAUAAUCUAAAUUUUAACCCUUUCGCAGAUGAAGUUCCAGCCUUGUACUUGAUGAUCGGCGUUCAAUUCUGACAAGAUGAGCAUGUGGUUUGGUACUCUAGACCUCUAGGCUGUUGUGUCACACCAUAGAUGGACUUUCCUAAAAUUUCCUCCACAUGACGAUCUUAUCCUUUUAAUUUGUGGCCCUUAAAUUGACAGUUAAGGAGAAAUGCAACAAUUUGUCCGCAUCCAACUUUUCAAAAAAUCAAGACAAGCUGCUUGAUCAUCCUAUCUGAGAGGUUUUUGGGGCAUGGUGUAUCCAUAGUGGAAUACAACAUCCCAAUGGCCUGUCCUAUCAGAUCAUGUGCUUUACUUGUUAGAAGUUAAAAGCUGCAUAUACUGUGCUGCGAUUUUGGUCACAUGUCAUAUAAUUCCUCCCUUUGUUGACUUGAUUAACUCCAUGGAACUAAUUUUUUUCUGAAGCUGAAACAGUCAUUGCUCAGAUUUGUUGAGAGGUGGGGUUUUUCUCUUUUCCCUUAGCUGUAAUUUCAUAAUUUAUUUGAUAAUAAUUUCCAUGAGAUCGUGUCCCUCGUACAGUUUAAGCCAUAUGAAGAGAUCCAGCAAGAAGGAACACAGAAAGACGAGAAGAAAGGAUGAGAAGAAAGAAGCCGAACAAGUUCAAAAAGAAAGGAUCCAACAAGAAAAUACCAACCUAGGUGAUAUGGAGGACAUCUUCGAAAUAACUCCAUCUAAAAAGACAGAAAUUGUUGAAUAUAGACCUUGGUCUGACCUUCCAAUAAAUAUUGUAGAGUUGAUCGUAUCGCAUCUCUUUCGAGCAGAUUUUGUUCAUCUGACCUCCUCCUGUAGAAGUUGGAGAUCAAUUGCUCCACCAAGACUGAUCACAAAACGACAUCCCUCACUGCUCACUAGCCAUGGCUUGCCAUUUCUCAGAAAUCACUUGCCAUGGCUCAUGUAUUUUGGGAAAGACCAUGGCAUGUGUAGCUUCUUGGAUCCUUUGUACAAUGAGAGAUAUUUCAUCAAUAUCCCAGAGCUCUCUGGUUCAACAAUUUGUUCCUGCAAGGAUGGUUGGGUAUUGUAUAGAGGCAACCGCUCUGUGUUCCUUUUCAAUCCCUUUAUCAAAGCAAGGAUUGAACUCCCGGAUUUGGAAUAUAAGCACUUCGAUUGCAUCACCUUCUCAUCCACACCGACUUCUUCAGAUUCCACAAUUUUUGCUAUUCAACAUCUUACUACUUCUGCUUCCAUAUGGAUUUGUUGUCGUGGGGACAGAUAUUGGACUGAGUACUUUUUUUAUAGUAAUUUGCCGUUCUCGAUAUCCUACUCGAAUCCAGUUUUCAAGGAUGAGGUUUUCUCUGUCUUGGGACAUAAUGGGGUACUGGGGGUCUUUGAUCCAAAGCUAAUCACUUGGACUAUUCUUGCAAAGCCCAAGCCACUGAAAUUCUGCAACUGUCAAUCAAUUCCCAGAUAUGAGUGGGAAAAUUAUUUGGUAGAAUCGAGAGGGGAGCUAUUAAUGGUGGUCAUCGGUUUUUUCGGGACUCCAAUUCAUGUUUUCAGGCUGGAACCUUCAGAGAUGGAAUGGGUGAAGAUUGAAACCUUGGAAGAUGGAAUGCUAUUUGUAAGUCGCUGGACUUCUCUCUCCUCGACGGCGUUGGCGAAAGGGAUGGAAAAUAAGAUCCAUUUUCCUUUAGUCAGCAGUGAAGAUUGUGUUUUCUACUCACUCAAACAAUGCAGAUGCUAUACCAAUAGAGAUUUUUAUGAGUGUGACAAUUAUAUCUAUAGCACCUGGCUUGAACCAAGGUGGUUUCAACCUUCAGCUGAAGAGCUUGAUUGGAGUCAAACCUUAGUAGGACAAGGGUCUUAACAGAUAAUUUUCUUUGAAAAUCAGUAUUAAUUAUUUAUCUUAUUUAAACUAUAAUUUCUCGGGAGGAAAAAAAAAUUAAAAAAUCUUUUGCUAUUAUAUAGGCUGUAACAGUCCAGGGUUCAAAUUA